AUGGAAGUGCUGGACGGCCUCGACGCGUCCACGGAGUCCCUCCUGCCUCGGCCCCUGCCCCGGCCUCUCGAGUCCCAGCUCAGCUUUGAGCCCAACGACGCCUUCAGCUUGGCGCUGCCGCCCCCCGCCGCCCCCCGCGCCGCCACUGGUGCAAUCUCAAUUAAGACGGAACCUGUGGAAUCUUCCGAGCAACACUUCGCGGCGGCCGACUCCAACAGCUCGACCCCCGCCAAGACCUUCAUCCCCUGCAAGGUGUGCGGCGACAAGGCGUCGGGCUACCACUACGGCGUCACCUCUUGCGAGGGCUGCAAGGGCUUCUUCAGACGCAGCAUCCAGAAGCAGAUCGAGUACCGCUGCCUGCGCGACGGCAAGUGUCUGGUCAUCAGGCUCAACAGGAACCGGUGUCAGUACUGCCGCUUUAGGAAAUGUCUAGCGGUCGGCAUGUCGCGCGACUCGGUGCGGUACGGCCGCGUCCCCAAGCGGUCCAGGGAGCGCGCUGAGUCGCUCGAGUCGACGGGCAGCGCGGACGGCGUGGACGAGGUGGCCGCCGAGGUGGACCCCGCCGUGGAGCAGCAGCAGCUGCUGGACAUGAUCGCCGGCGUCACGGCGGCCCACCGCGCGCACUGCAACUACACCGAGGAGGCGACGAGGGACACGGUGCGCCGGCCCGCCGGGCAGCCGCUGGCGCAGGCCAGGCCGCGGAGUGACAGCGACUCCAGUCCCGGGGCCGUGGCCACCACGUCGACGGGCUCCGUGUCGGGCUCCGUGUCCGGGUCGGCGGCUGGGUCGGCGGCCGGGUCGGCGCCGUCCUCGCCGGACUCGCUGACGUCCACGCUGUCGCUGGGCCCCGCCGCCCUCAGCCAGCUGGAGCCGGCACAGCGGCUACGCACCACGCUGUGGCAGCAGUUCGCCUCCCUGCUGGUGCCGUGCGUCACCAGGGUGGUGGAGUUCGCCAAGAGGGUGCCUGGCUUCCUGGAGCUGUCGCAGGACGACCAGCUGAUCCUCAUCAAGGUGGGCUUCCUGGAGGUGUGGCUGGUGCACGUCUCGCGGCUCGCCACGGAGCACGGCCUCACCAUGUGGGACGGCACCACCUUCACGCGCAGCCAGCUCACCACCAUGUACGACGGCGAGCUGGUGGGCUCCAUCCUCAGCAUGUGCUCCUCCAUGGGCGCGCUGGGGCUGAGCGAGCCGGAGACGGGGCUGCUGUGCGGCGCCGUGCUGCUGUCCCCCGACCGCGCGGGGCUGGCCGACGUCAAGGCCGUCCGCGCGUACCAGGACAAGGUGCUGGACGCCCUCCGGCUGCAGGUGUCCAUGACGCGGCCCGGCGAGACGUCGCUGGUGGGGCUGCUGCUGCAACGGCUGAGCGAGCUGCGCGCGCUGAGCGCCAGGCACUGCUCCAGCCUGGACUGGCUGCGCGCCAACUGGACGCUGCUGCGGCUGCCGCCGCUCUUCGCGGAGAUCUUCGACAUCCCCAAGGCGGACGAAGACAUGGCGUAGGCCUGGCGGAGGCGUGACGACGAGGCGAGAGGCGAGGGUUUGAUUGGCGGCUGCAGUUUGAUUGGACGACGGGGCCCUGCGCCCUUGGGCCCCGGGAGGGAGGGACUACUGAGAUUGCGCGGACGAGAAGGAAGAGUUUGUUUCCGUUUGGAUUUUCCCCGCUUCGGAAAAAAAAGCAAAACAAAAAAAGAGAACUCGUACUUUGUGUUUGACUGACUAAGAAUAAUCGAUGCCAUAAUAAUGUAUUAUUCACGUAAAGUAAGUGCUGGGGCGUCUCGCUCCCCAAUGACUAUGUAUAAGAGCCUGGGCGGCGUCGGCUCUGCCGUGGCUCUGCGACGCCCUGAGAGCGAACCGGAGAGAGGCGUGUUGUGACAUUCUUUCGGAAAUUUUUGAACUGAAGGUGCCGUGGCGUACCGCAGAUUAUUCGUUGCACAAUCAUUCGUGAACAAAGAGACAAUCGUACUGAUGUAUGCAAUAAUAAUUUACGCUAGCGUAUUCGCGUCGAGACUGAGUUGCUCAUCAACUUUGUUUAACUUUCUGUCUCUCUCAUCGACGAGUGUUGAACUCUGCGCCUGGCGAGUCGGCUCCAGGGACUCACACUGUCUGAAAAAUAUUGCCUCUGAGGACGAAAGAACUUUUUAAAAUCUUUUCUGUAACAAUAAAAAGACAGUGUGAACUUGGUAGCGACUCGUUACUGCGUUAUAAGACUGUAGCCAAACGCGCGGCGACUAAAGUAGCGUUUUCUCGCAAAGCGGCUACGAAAUGAAGCGAUCGAAAUGAGAUAUUGCGUGAGAGCGUUAGAGCCGCGAUCAGGAGGGAGGACUGCAACAGACUAAGAACCGUGCCUUCCACUCUAGACAACUCCGUGAGUAUCGCGAAGUUUUAAAGAUCUCAAAAUAUACGACUGGCCAACGAAAAACCAAGACUUAGUAGCAGCUCAUCAUGCACUAUGUGAAAAAUGUGCACGUUUUAUCGCGUAUAAAGGAUGGGACACUUUUUAUAAGGGGAGACUUUUUUAUCCAUCUCCCGAUCUUUUAACUUAAUAGUUAAGAUAUUUCUUAUCAAACCAUACUUUCUACACUCAUUUUCACUCUCUUCUGCCGUGACGAGUAGUUGUAGGCAGCAAUGCUGGAACGCCAGGGUAUUUUGCAAGCAAAAUCUGUUUUAAGUUUCAUGUAUUCUUUUGAGCAAAGUUGUGUCGGGCCGGGCUGACGCUCUAUUCGUCAAGCCUGGCGGGGCGGGUGAGGCGGGGAGUCCCUUCGAUUCGUGAGAAGGACACUCGUGACACGGUGUCAACCAGGCGCAAAAAAGACGAACGUACCUCGUGUACUGCGCAGCCGCGCUGAGCGCCUGGGAGACUCCGAGGUAGGCCAGCCCGUCGUGCACGCGCGCCGGCGUGCUGCCUACGCGCCGCUUCACAGGCGCUCUGCCCUGUAGGCCGAUUCCGAGAGUCGUUUUCGUCGCUCUGUCUCUCUCGCACCUCUACGGGACGCCUCGUGAGUGCAAGAGAGACAGAGCGACGGUAACGACUCUCAGAAUCAGCGUGCUUGCUUCGCCAAAGCACCGAGCGGUGGUCCCCAAGGGGCGCCCUGCCUGCCUAUGCCUCGGCACCCUCGGCCUCGGCCGGCACAGCUUCAAUUAGCGACGACAAUCUCUCGAGACCUGUUUGUUUUGUGAGUAGGGUGGCGUCGAAGCCUCAAACCCCGCCCGAUGGCCCUGCGACGUUCCUGCCGACUCUUCUGCAACCCUAACCAUAUCCAAUCGAGUGCGGCGACCUCUGUAAAAUCUCCUUCUAAGUAGGCCUAUGUAGAUCCGUAGUUGUUGCCACCAUUUACUCCUUCGUUUAGUUUGUCUAGGGGAGGAUUUCGUUUUAAGUUGGCGUUGCUAUCGAGAUAUCGGCGCUCUUAUUUGGCUCCUCAAACAUAUCAUUACAGAUUAGGGCAUUGAGUCAUGUAGCAGGCGGUCUGAUCUGGUCUUUCUCGCGACGUAGUUCUAGCGUGGUAUACAUGACUUACAUUUAUUUAUACAUAUGUUUAUCAUUUUAGAUUUGCGCGAGACGCAAUAUAUAUGUAAAUUUCGUGUUAUGUACGUGUACUUUAUCCAUACACGUCAGAGUUCAUAUAAAAUAUUACUCGGAACAUCGUUGUACAUAUUUCUUAGCAAUCGUGAAUGUAAACAUCUGUCUCAAUCAUCUUACUAUUAAACGCGUUCUUAUAUAUAUAAAAGUGUUUGAAACACGAUAAUAGUGGCAGUGACCAUACCGGGGGGUACCAAACCUACGUCUUUUCUUGUUGUGUAUACAUAUUGUUACUCUUUUCUGUCCGCGGCUGUGUAAAUUAAUGAUAAUAUUACAAGUAGCCUUACGAGUUUAAUAAUCAACCCGAUAUGUGAUCCACGAUUUCCAUACACUAUGUGUUCAAUGAGUGUCUUUAUUGCCGAUGUAGGGGCGAGACAGGGCCGUUUGCACACCCGUGCCAUCGUGUCUUCAGGACCCGCCUUCCUGCUGAGACGACAGAGGGGAAGUGCGGGCAAGUCGGCCGGGGAACUAAAAUGCCCUGGACGGGGCCUGCAAACGCGUCGCUGUGCUGCGUCACAUAUCCGUUACUAUCAUUGUUGGUUAUCAAUUUUUAUGUCGUUAUUUCUGAGGAUGGGAGCGACCUUGUUAGUGCAAUGCCACACGUUGCGUGUAUUUAUGAAUGAACAACUCAAUUACUUCUUAGAAUUUCGUUGUUUUAUCCUCUGCUGUUAACUUAUUAUUCUAUUUUAUUGAAAUGUUUUUUUUUAUUAGAUCGACUAUUAAUUUGUUUUAUUAUUAUUACAUUAUUAUUGUUGCUAUAUUAUGAUAUGACGUCGCUCUCUUGCAAGAAGCGCGAGUGUGUAGCGGUGUUUGUUCCUUGUCUGCCUCCCUUCGGGCUCCCUGUGUGCUUUGACGGGAAAAGUGUGUCGGGGCGUCGACAAGCACUGCCACUCUGAAUAAAUGUUAAUUGUCGGUUUGUAAAGUAAGGAUAACGUUUCGUGGUACAAAGAGUACAAAUGCACAUCCAUUCCCUCAUUUCUUCAUGCGUGUCUUAAGUGUGUCUUCUUUUCUUUUCUCCUCUUUUUUCAUUUUCAAGUACAAUUACCAGUACGGUGUAAGGGUAUGUAAAGUAUAAAUCUUCACAGUGUAUUAGAGUAUUAAUAUCGUAGAGGGGACGUUAUUGUCUUAUAGAGACGGAGCCGUGAUUCAGCCGGUAAGAUUCAAAUGCAGCUUUAAACAUUACUCCACUUGAUCAAAAAAUUCUCAUGGGACUCCUCAUCUUGUAUGUCAAAUUUCCCACCUUACAUUUAGAACUGGGGAGGGUGCCGCUGCGAAUAGGAGAAUGUGUUUGGACGAGUUGAUGAAGUAGAGUUUGAUGCAAUGAUGGUCACGAUUCUCGAGUCUCGCUAUUGAUGAUCGUUGUCAGAGGGGCGGCCCACCCGGCCGGUGCUGGAACGUGUUAAGGAGAAAUCGUCAAUGUCUCACCGCGGGGCGCCUACUCCCACAGUUUUAGGCAUGAGGAUGACCUCCAGUUUGCAAAAUUAAAGUGGAAUUGCUCUGUUUUUUAAAAAAAUUAGUUUCAUCGCCUCACGGCUGCAAGAAAUUAGAGAAAAUAAAACGUUUUGUGAACUUUAAGGCAAUUGUGUAGCAAAAGAAUGUGCGUGAGCUUCUAGAAAUACUAUCCUAGGUUCAUUUUCGGAGUUUUCGGUAGUGAUCUGGUUCAUAUCAUGAAUAAAUUAAUGAGUUUUAUCAAACAGAGUUCUCUAGCCUCUUUCUUCUUGAGACUGUUGUGUAUUAACCAACCAGCGUAUAUGAACCUUUUAAAACCUUUCAUGUAACAUUCAUGACUAAAUUUUUAAUAGAUGUUGUAUCAUAUAUUCUGAAUUUAGAGAAUCUCUGCUUGUACAGAAAAACGUUGCAUUGUACUGUCUAACGCCUCGAGUAGACUACCCUUGCCUGCCGAAUGGAAAUGAUAUUUCACUGUUCCACUGUGGACGACCUGCUCUGUAGCACCCUAUUCUUGACAGAGCUAUCCUGGAUUAAUGUAUAAAAAUCCCCCCUCCCCUUUUCUGCUUUAGGGUAUUUUCUGAAAAUCCCCCAUAAAUCUAUUUUACCAACUGGCCAGUUGGCAUCUAUAAAAGACUCUAAACUGUAUUUGUAGACUUUCUGAAAGUUGAUUUUAGAGACAUAUCAUGUGUAUGUUAUUGAUGAAAACAGCUUUGAAUAACAUUGCUCUUUUUCUCCUGUUGUUGGGAGCAUGAAAUACAACAAUUUGACUGUGUCUUUUUCUUUCUCUUACUCUUCUAUUUAUUUUGUUUGCUGGUUGUGUGUAGAAAUACGUUGUUAUUCUCUUUGCAUUGUUAUGAAGUACUGAGUACUUAUAGCUGAGUACACUUUUGCACUCUACCCUAUGUAAUUGUUGUCCUUCCCUGUCAUUUUAUAUAACAAAAGAGAACAUUUAAAUAAAUGGGAUUGGAAUCCAAAA